UUUCAAACAAACUCCACACACACACACAUGUAUAUAUAGAACUGAUAUAGAAGAAAUCAUAUAUCACCACUACCAAUUCUUUAAUUACUUCCAUCUCCCCAAUACGCCAAUAUCAUGGAGUGCUUGGUUGUGCCAGUUUCCGUCCUCAUGCGGAGGUGCUCCAGCAGGUACUCGAGCUCGCGACUAGGCUAUCGGCACUUGGCAGAUGACGAUAUGCUCGCCGAUGGUGAAUUGGUGACGGUAUUGGUGGGAAGAGAAAGAAAGCAAUUCUUGGUAGACUCAUUUGUGUUACAAGAGAGCCCGUUUCGAGUUUUGAUGGAAAUGGCUCAUUAUGAUGACAAGAAUAAAAAGAAGAACUCGGAGAAUUAUAUGGAUGGUAUUACAAGUUCUACUAAAAGGGUGAUUUUUGUUGAUGUCGAUGCUAUAUUGUUUGAGCAUAUGCUUUGGUUGAUGUAUAAUGAUUGUUCCUCUUUUUUUAAGCUUAAUGUUAAAGAAAUUAUAGAGUUUUAUGCUCAAGAUUAUUAACUAAAGUAGAUUAACUACCAUCAUAUCAUAAUUUGGGGUUAAGAUAAGGGAAGGUUUAGUCUUUAUGUCUUUUGAUUGAUUAACUUCUUAAAUUUAAUUCAAUCACUUGUGAUUAUUGUUCCUUGUCAUAUUGUAUAGUUACCAUGUGAAUACAUGAAUAUAAAGUAUUGAUCAUUUGAUCAUUUACAGUUUUA